CCCAGACCAGAGCACAUGUCUGCUUGAAGAGAUGAUAACGAGGACAGCAGCGUGUUUCUCCUCUGAAAACUGAGCUGUUUCAGCACUUUUCUCUAGUUUCUUUUGUUUCAACUGGAUCCUUGGUCAUCCGUGGAGCUCCAGGCCACCCUGAGCCGAGCUGGACCAGCUUGACUAUGCAGUCCUUGACCGAGGAGAUUCAGAGUUUUUCUCGGACACGGCUGCGGAAGCAGUGCACCCGUGUGACAUCACUAAGUGGACGUCGCAUCAUCGAGACCUGGAAGGGGUCAACGAUCACUGUGGUGGAAGACCCCGUCCCCCCCGAGAGCAUGCUGGGAUACGUCCCUGACACCUCUUGGGACCUGCAGGUCGGCGUCGUCAAGCCCUUCCUGCUGCUGGGUUCUCAGGAUGCAGCUCACGACUUCAGCACUCUGAAAAAACACAAGGUGUCUCACAUCCUGAAUGUGGCCUUCGGAGUGGAAAAUGCAUUUCUGGAUCUGUUCAUCUACAAGACUGUCAGCAUUCUUGAUCAUCCGGACACGGAUCUGUUGCUUUACAUCCAGGAAUGCUGUGACUUCAUCCAGCAGGCUCGCAAUGAGAAAAGUGUAGUGUUGGUCCACUGCAACGCUGGCGUGUCCCGUGCACCGGCUGUGGUCAUUGGUUACUUGAUGUCAUGUGACGGCCAGUCCUUCGAUGACGCCCUGGCUCUGGUCAAAUCAGCUCGGCCCGCUUCCUCUCCCAACCUCGGCUUCCUGGAACAACUGAGGAAUUAUAAAUCCUCGAUGAUGAACGGAUCCACACACUGA